UUACAACAAAUAUACAGUAUUCCAUGACAGUGACAAGGCCUUCGAAUAUAUGGUUGAGUUACAAACUCAAGAUGUUGAUUUGGAUUUUUGGCUGUUGUCACGUAACAUGUCCAUCGUUUCGGUUAGUCCUGUUAUGCAGCCUAUUUUCGAAAAACGUUUAGCCGAAUUGGGUGUAACAUAUCAGGCAAAACCUUUAAUGGAAGAAAUGUUGAAAUUUAACGAAACUUUAAGUAGUGAUAGUUCCGAUUGUGAGGGUUCAGAAUGUGGUCAUAGUAGAACAAGAAGACAAGCUAGAGGCUUCUUCACCCACUUCCCCAGAUACAGUGAGAUCUUGAAUUAUAUGAACGCUUUGGCUGCUCGUUAUCCUCAAUAUUGCCGUUAUGAGUCAUUGGGUCGUUCUAAUGAGGGCCGUCAUUUAGCUGCUUUGUCUAUUUCUCUUAACAGUCGUUCGCGUCCACGUCGUGUGGCUUAUAUCCAGUCCGGUACUCAUGGUCGUGAAUGGAUUACUCCUUUGGCCACUUUGUACUUUGCUAACGAAUUGUUGACUAAUAUUAAAGCUUUUACUCGUAUCCUCAAUGAUGUGGAAAUCUAUGUUUUGCCUUUGGUAAAUCCUGAUGGUUAUGAGUACACUUUCACUACGGAUCGUUUCUGGCGUAAAAACAGACAUCAUUAUCCUGGUCGUACUUGUGCUGGUGUUGAUAUCAAUCGUAAUUUUGCCAACAAUUGGAAUUAUCGUGGUGCCAGUCAAAAUCUUUGCUCUGAAGUCUUUUCGGGUACCUCUCCAGCCUCGGAACCCGAAACAUCUGCCAUUGUUCGCUACUUGGAAUACAAUCGUCAUCGCAUUAAGUUGAGUUUGGAUGUUCAUUCAUUUGGCAAAUUCAUUUUCUAUCCAUAUGGUUAUUCAAGAAAUGCUCAUGCUCCCACACGUACUUUCUUGCAUUCCGUUGCCAGCCGCGCUGCCAAUCAAAUUGCCAAAUACCGUGGCACUCACUAUUCGGUGGGUACUUCAUCUAGCAUUUUAUAUGAAGCUUCCGGUGGUCUUGAUGAUUUUGCUUAUGGUAAUUUGGGCAUACCCAUGUCCUUUACUCUCGAGUUGCCUGGUGAUAAUUUCCAAGUUGCCUCCUCGGACAUUAUACAUGUGUGCAAAGAGACAUUUGCUGGUUUUAUCGAAUUUAUUAGACAUGUUAGUUUAUAUUAAAUUAA